AUAAAUAAAUGAAAUCAAAAGGAAAAACAUAACACAAGGAAAGUCCAGUGGACGAGAUUACUACUGUGUGUUUUGGGGUGAGGCUAAUUCAGGGGACGGGGAGAGACAGGCAGGUUUGGGGCCGGAGGCUGGCAGUGAUGGGUGGCCACUGAGAGUGAUUGAUUGUGGGUUGCGGGCCUUGAACGUGUGCCUGGGCACUGUCCCUGCGUAGUUUGGCUCAAGGCUGGCAUCCCCCCUGCCCCCCGCAGGUGCGCCCCGAUUGCCCUCCUGGAGGUGUGCUGAAGGUGGGGUGCGGACCAUGCCUCCCCCAGCCCCGGCUGCCGGCCUUGGCUUCCUCCCUCGCCCAUGGCUGGCCCAGCCCCAUCCCUUGCUGGGGUCCUGCAGGUUCUGGAAGCUGCUGGCCCGGACAAGCUGGUCAGCCUGAGGCUCAAGCUGCGGACGCCUGGGCCCGGCGGCUGCCCGGGGACUGAGCUCCUGCGCGCCAUGGUGCUGCCGGCGCUGGGCCGGGAUGAGGAGGUGGCGCAGGACGACGCAGUGGCCCAGAGGGUGGCUCAGGUGCGGGCCGGCGUGGACGGCACCCAGGCCUCGGGGGAGACCGCAGGGGAGGUCCCGGAUGUGUCGUGGGCCGUGGCGCACCUGUACCACCUGCUGGCUGAGGAGAAGCUGUGCCCGGAGUCCAUGCGCGACGCGGCCUACUCGGCGGCCCUUCGCGUCCUGGAGGCCCACGGUGACCGCCGACUGGAGGAGCUGCGGAACGAGGCCCAGGCGCGGUGCGGGUGGGCCACGGUGGCCGCCUCGCGCCCUCAGGACGACCUCCCCACUCCCUCGCCGCCCUCCUCCGGGGCCCGCAGCCAGCCGUGGCCCAUCAGUGCCCUGGCUGGCUGGAGCCACGCGUGCUCCCUGCGCUCCUGUGGCAGCCCCGGCUCGGUGGGCGCCGAGCUGGAGAUCAGCCAGUCCCCCACGCUGCCCUUCCUGAGCCCGCACCGUGGCACCCAUGGGCCCAGCAAGCUGAGCUGGGAAGCCCCCGGCAGCCCGGAGCCCUGGCAUGAGCCCAGGGGCCACCAGGAGCCGGAGGAGGUGAGCUGGCCCUCAUCUGUGGAGCCCCUGGACCCGGACCGGCUGCACCCCAGCCCAGGGCACCCUGAGACGGUCCUGGCUUCUGUCUCUGCUGACUCUACGGUGCCUCCAGAUGGGGGCUCCUCGCUGGAGAGGACUAGGGUGUUCCCGGACCCCAUAUCGCAUCCCGUGGCCAGCCUGGACCCCACAGGAAGUCCUUGCCCUGGCAAAGAUCACACGCCGUCCCAGAGUCCUGAAGAUGCCACCCGGCAGAGUGGCACGUUCUGCCCAGCCCCAUCUCCUGCUCCCGAUGCACUGAGUUCUCACCCCCAGGCGUCUUCCUCCUCCUCCUCCUCCUCGGCCACCUUCCCUCCAGCCUCCUCCUCGGCCUCCUUCUCUCCAGCCUCCUCUUCCUCGGCCUCCUUCCCUCCAGCCUCCUCCCCUCCAGACUCUUCCUCUUUGGCCUUCCACGCAGACACAGCGGGACAGAAGUUCUACAACUUUGUGGUUCUGCACACCAGAGCUGAUGAGCAUGUGGCCCUGCGAGUCCGUGAGCGGCUGGAGGCCCUCGGGGUGCCGGAUGGGGCCACCUUCUGCGAGGACUUCCAGCUGCCAGGCCGCGGCGAGCUGCAGUGCCUGCAGGACGCCAUCGAGCACUCUGGCUUCAUCGUCCUGCUGCUCACGGCCGCCUUCGAGGGCCAGCUGGGGCUGCACCAGGUGAACCAGGCUCUCAUGAGCAGCCUCACCCGGCUGGGCCGCCAGGACUGCGUGGUCCCCUUCCUGCCCCUCGAGAGCUCAGAGGCGCAGCUGGGCCCCAGCACCACCAGCCUGCUGACUGGCCUGGUGUGGCUGGAGGAGCGCUCCGCCAUCUUCACCAGGAAGGUGGCCAACACCUUCUCGCCACACCGACUGCGGGCGCGCCGGGCACACUGGGCCCAGGAGCAGCGGGCCCGCGCCCUGCGCCCACAGCCCCCACAGCCGCAGGGCCACACCGCCUACCUCGCCUACCCAGGGACCUGGGGGGCCUCCCAGGCCCAGGUCCAAGCACUCCACCAGGCUUUGGGGAGCGGCCUGGUGCUGGGGACCCAGGCACCUCAGCCCUCUCAAGUGCCUUUGGGGGACAAGGUGCCCCCCUUGACUACCUGGCCAGGCUGUCCACAGACGCCACCAUUCCCAUGGCAGGCUGGCAUCCCACCUACAGCCUUCCUACAGCCCCCUUCUUGUCCUCAGCCCCCCACUUGCCCUCCAGCCCCCACAGUCCCUCCUCAGACACCUGGACCACAACCUCUCAUUAUCCACCAUGCUCAGAUGGUGCAGUUGGGGCUCAACAACCACAUGUGGAACCAGAGGGGGGCCCCAGCACCCCCAGAUGACACGCCACUGCAAGAAGCAGACAGACGGAAUGACCGGGACUGAUCCAGCCACAGCCUGGGAGCAUGGCCUGCGUUCCAGACUGGUUUGGGGGGACCUUGUGCGCUCCACCUGCCUGGGCUUUGGGGGACCUGGUGCCCCACCCCCUCGGCCCCCACUGGCAGAGAAAAAUGCUACCCAGGGGUGGUGUCUUUACAGGGAGCGACUUGGACAUUUUCUUACAAUAAAUAUUUAUUGAGCGUUU